UCCUGAUGCUGAAGGUCGAGCAUGGAGCCAGCCGGGCGCCACCGCGGGGCGGACCAGCUCGCCACGGCUGCUGCGCUCGGGAACCGGGAGGCGGUGCGGCGGCUGCUGGACUCCGGAGUGGACCCCAACGCCGUGAAUGCCUUCGGCAGGACCCCGAUCCAGGUGAUGAUGCUGGGAACCCCCAGCGUGGCGGAGCUGCUGCUUCAGAGAGGAGCCGACCCAAACCGGCCCGAUCCAGCCACUGGCUCUCUCCCUGUGCACGACGCGGCUCGGGAAGGCUUCCUGGAGACUCUGCAGGUGCUGUGCCGAGGGGGCGCUCGCUUGGAUCUACCGGACCGGUGGGGCCGCCUCCCCCUUGACCUGGCCGCGGAAAACCUCCAGAGCCACGUGGUCAGUUACCUGCGGGGCUCCGCGGGUUGA